GGUGCUGAGGCACUCGCACAGCAAAAAUGUCUGCCUAAGGGGAAACUCUUAAGUGGUACAAAUACAGCAUAUUUCUCACUGCUAUUGCCGUUUAAAGACACACUUUACGCGUGCAGAGACGUACACCGAGAAAGCGAAUCUUCACCAGAUCACCCUAGUCGGGAUUUUACUUGGAAAAAAGGUCUUAAGCUCGCCAGGAUGAAUCCUCAGCAGCGGAUUCCCGCUCUCGGAACAGACAAGGAAUUGAGCGACCUCCUGGAUUUUAGUGCGAUGUUCUCUCCACCCGUCAACGGAGGGAAGAACAGGCCAACGACACUUGGAAGCAGCCAGUUUAGUGCAUCAGGUAUGGAUGAGCGGACCAACCUUCCAGCAUCUUGGGCCCCAGGUGGCGAUUCCAGUCCUUCGUGCGAACCCUCCAGGGGUUUCACAGACAGCCCUCAUUAUGGCGAUCAUUUGAGUGACAGUCGAUUAGUGUCCCAUGAAGGAUUGUCCCCGACACCUUUUAUGAACUCCAACAUAAUGGACAAAUCAGAGAGACAUGGCUUUGGAAGGGAAACUGGAGCAUCUGGCUGUCAGUCACAGCCAUCUCUACGCUCAGACGUGGGAGUGACAAGUCCUAGUUCAGGGACGGCGUCGGCAAAGUCAGCGGCUCCCAUCUUUUCGUUCAGUGCUGCCAAUCCCAGAAGACGUGCUUUGCAGGACCCUCCGCCCGUUGAUCCUCUCCAAACAAAAAAGGUUCGCAAGGUCCCUCCUGGCCUGCCUUCAUCUGUGUACGCACCAUCUCCAAACUCAGAGGACUUCAACAGAGAUUCGCCCUCCUACUCUCCUCCCAAACCCUCCAGCAAUAUGUUUGCAAGCACUUUUUUUGAUGGUACCCACGGUUCAUCUGACCUUUGGAACGCAGCCAACGGGAUUAGUCAGCCUGGCUAUGGAGGAAUGCUUCCAGGAUCUUCAUCUCACAUGCCACAGUCGGGAAACUACAGCAGCCUGCACUCGCACGACCGUCUGAACUACCCAGCACACUCCGCUUCCCCAGACGUCAAUGCCAGUCUUCCUCCCAUGUCCAGCUUCCACAGAAGCAGCACAGGCACUUCACCAUUUGUCUCUGCAACAGUCAACAAUGCAGAUGGGGUGCUGGCUGCCGCAAAUCGGGGGAACGCAACUGGAAGCUCACAGACCGGAGAUGCACUUGGCAAGGCUUUAGCCUCGAUUUACUCACCUGACCACACGAGCAGCAGUUUUCCUUCCAAUCCGUCCACGCCUGUGGGUUCCCCUUCACCUCUCACAGCCACAGCAGGCGCUGCUGGCUCAGCAGGGACUGUGGUAACGUCUGCCAGCAACCCGUCUGGAAGACCAGGUGCCAACCAGUGGCCGCGUCCUGGUGGACAGACCCCUUCUUCUCCAAAUUAUGAGAACUCCCUUCACUCACUGAAAAACAGAGUUCAGCAGCAGUUACAUGAGCAUCUUCAGGAUGCCAUGUCUUUCUUAAAAGAUGUCUGUGAGUCGCGAAUGGAGGAUCGUCUUGACCGGCUAGAUGAUGCAAUCCUUGUUCUGAGAAACCACGCUGUGGGCUCCACCGCCAGUCUGCCCAGCGACAUCCACAGUCUACUGGGCCAGGCGCAAAAUGGACAACUGGCAGCCAUCGGAGCAAGUUUCCCCGCCUCAGCGCUGGCUUCCAGUCGGACCACAGCGAUGGGUUCUUCCCAUGCUGACGACACGGCUAGUCUGAACAGCCACGGAGGCCUGCCGAGCACCGGCUCCACGUCCAGCACAGAACUCAACCAUCAAGUGGAAGCAUUCCGAGGCUUGGCCAGUCAGGUAGCUACCAGUUUGGCGCUGAAGGUAGAGAGGCAAGACAAGGAUGACAUGAACGAUUCCCUCUCGGGCGAUGACAAGUCGGAUGAUGAAAGCGACAGCUUGAAAACACCGCGCGCUGGCACGCGCACAAGUCUGACCGAGGACGAAGACCUGAAUCCGGAACAGAAAGCGGAGCGUGAGCGAGAGCGGAGGAUGGCCAACAACGCCAGGGAACGAUUGCGGGUGCGGGACAUCAACGAGGCCUUCAAGGAGCUGGGUCGCAUGUGCCAGCUACACCUGAAGAGCGAGAAGCCUCAAACCAAACUGCUCAUCCUCCACCAGGCCGUGGCAGUCAUCCUCAGUUUGGAGCAGCAAGUUAGAGAGCGGAAUCUUAACCCCAAAGCGGCCUGCCUGAAGAGAAGAGAGGAGGAAAAAGUGUCGGGCGGUUCCGGUGACGGCCAACAAGGUCACACGGGGGUCCACCCGAGCUUGACUGACACAUCCAACCCCAUCGGCCAUCUCUGAGGCCCAGACAGAUCAAACUGGCAGAACAUUUUGUCCCCUCUGAGAUGGCCACUCCUCUGACUUCUCGCCACCUUGCAGAGGAGAAUAGCCCACCAGAAGCCAAAAUCACACGACUAACGCAAUCCAAUACAGACUGACAAGUAGCCCGCGCGGUACUCCGUCCGCAAAUUUCUCCCCCAAAAAGCGAGAAGAAUCUCGAGCACAUAUCACGCAGCUCUGCAAGAAGCGUGUCGCUUCUGAACAAUCAGACUUCGCAAUCUCCUCCGACUCUAUGUGGAGGUUGCCUCGUGCCUAAACUGAAUUGACGAAUGCAUUGUAACAGCAACUUUUAUUUUUGUCCUCCUUCUAUUUAUUGCGCCCACGAGCUCAAAGUGUAUGUCUUAAGGGAAAAUGUAUACAGUUUUCAGUUUAACCCAUAGUUUGCCCGCGUCGUUACAAACAAAAGCAAAGAGAUGAAAUGAGGGGAAAAGUGAGAUUGGCUGUGUUCGAAAUCACUCCCUAUGCACUAUUUAAUGCUCUUUAUUUGUAGUGCUUUCCGAAUAUCGAGUGAGCAUAAAUUCUCCCCCAUUUAAUGCUCUUAAUGUAUCCCACAGUGCAGCUUCAAAAGAACUGUCAGAAAAGUUCCAAGACUUGAGAUUUCAAAUCCAAUCUUUGAGUUUCCAAUUUAGUGUGAUUGAAUGGAGAUAAGUUGCUUUAUUUGGUAUUCAUUUUGUAAAAUUGACCGUAAAUUCCACAUUCUUAUUAUAAUUUAUUUAUUUGUUCAAUAUUUAUUGCGGAGGUUCCACCAGUUGACAUCUGUUGAUCCGGUAGCCAACAUUUGCGCACCCGAGUAGGGUUCAAAACAAUUUCUCAUUUGAAUGUUAAAAGUGCACUCGUUAGUUCACUUUAUUGUCACUUCCGAACACAGCCAGCAAUUUAUUGGCCGUUUGUAACGCAUGUUUGAAAAAUAAAACACAACACUAACUGCCCCUCACCCGGAAACAAAAAUCUAUUUAUAGUUAUGUUGAUUUCUUUAUUCUCCCAAUAAGCGCAUGUACUUAGCAAACUUUUGUGUUCAUUUAGUUUCAGUCAUGUUUUGUUCAUUGAAUACAAAACAAAUUCAAGUUUGACUAGAACAUUUUAGUUGACAUUGUAAUAGGUUUAAAAUGCUAAGAGUACAAUAAACCCAACAAAUCUUUGCAUUCCUGCCUAUUUGUAGUGUCUUAACUAAAGGAAAUUCCUUUAGCCAGAGUAUUGUUACAUGUAGUUUGACACUUAACGUUCUGUUUUCAAUUUGUCAUAUUGCUUGAAAACAAAUAACGACGACCACUUUUUUUUUCCUGGACUGAUUACAUUAUGCUUUUGUUUCUCAAUACAAAAAAGAAGGUAUACUUUUGUGUCGUCAUUUCUUUCAGCUUUCCGUUAUAUUGUGCUCAAUCCUAAUAAAAUAAGCCCGACUUUAUAUUUCACAUUUUGCUGAACAUAUAUUUGAAAAAAUGUAAUUUUGUUGAAUUGUAGCACAACAAUGAACAAAAGAGUAGAUUUCUCUUUGGCUAUGGCUUUAUUUAAGUUUUGGUGUGCACGUUUUUUAAGUCUUUGGUCCCUGCUUUAUAUUCCAUUUAGUUGUCUGUAUAUUGUCUCCUGAGACUUUGGUGCAAAAAAAAAAAAAAGGGACUUCCAUUAGACUCAAAGUAAAAGUUUACAUUCGGAAUCGAUCAUUGAGCAGUUUCAGUUUGUCUUUUGCGUGUGUGUGUGUGUUCGGGGUUCUCGGUCGGUAUGUGGCCUUGUUACUCAUGACAGUAUUCACACGUGUAUUCAAAACGUUAGCCCUAACAAUCCAUGUGACUUCCUACUCCAUUUCCUUCAUAUCAUAUGUUCCUCUUCGUAUUUCUUUGCCAAGUUGCUGUAUUUCCACAUGCUUUUCCCUUGUGUAAUAUAGAAAAAGGAAAAUCAAAAGGAAAGCAGUUAAAAAAAAAAAAUGGUUGGCUUAUUUUUCACUGUAGUUAGUCUUUUAUACAAUAAUACUUUAAGAAUAUUUCUUGAAUUCUAAAUAUUACUCUUUCUAGAUUUUUGAAAGCAAAGUUUUGAGUAAAAAGUUUCUUACUUUAUUUUACUAUAUUAGGUAGUAAAAUGUACACUGUUACCUAACCAUAACCUGUUUCAUUCUUACCGGAAAUGUCAGCGUCCAUUUGCAAGUCUCUCGUGGUUGACAUUUGUGUCAAAACUUCAAACAUGUUGUCAGUGCACAUCUCAAAAAUGCGGCAAUGAGAAUUACAGUUUUCUGUCUUUUUUCAACAGAAAAACGUGAUGUAUAUAACAUUUAUGUUACAAUAAAUGUGCCAUCUUUUAUAAA